AUGGUUGCCAACGACCGGGGACAGACGUACAUUGAUGUCUCCUCCGCCCUGGUGGCUCUUUCAACGGCGAUUGUAGCUGUUCGGAUCGCGGCACGAUGGGUCAAGUCGACUUUGGGAUGGGAUGACUAUGUUAUUUGUAUCUCAAUUGUGAUUGCGUAUAGCAUGCUGGCAGAAGCCGUCUUUUGGGCCCGAGAUGGCGGGCUUGGAAAGCACCUGUCAAGCCUAAGUAUGGAGGAGAAGAUCAUGUUCCAGAAAUGUUUCUUCGCCAACGAGAUAUCGUACACCCUCCUCGUCCCAUCCAUCAAAAUAUCCAUCCUCCUCCUCUACCGACGCAUCUUCCCGAUUCGCAAAUUCCAAAUCGCUAGCUGGAUCGUUGGGGGUCUUGUAUGCUCCUGGUGUCUCGCGGUCUUCAUAACCGUGAUGCUCCAAUGCCGACCGAUCUCGUUGAACUGGGAUAAGUCGCAACCGGGGACGUGUAUAGACGCGAAACAAUUCUUCUUCGGCAAUGCAAUUUCUAAUCUGCUCAUUGAUGUGGUGAUUCUUAUGAUGCCGAUUCCGAUGGUUCUGCAGUUGCAAUUGCGGACGUCGCAGAAGUUGACUAUAUUGGGUAUAUUCUUACUGGGCGGAUUUGUCUGUGUCGCAAGUAUCAUGCGCGUCGUCACCCUCAAAAUCUUUGAAAGUAACGAUACUUCCUGUAUGUCUGUCUCUUACUCCCUAUAACACAACUAGCCCCUAAAAAGAAAGCAGACUCGGUAAUGGAAGCCGCAACAUGGACCUUCGUCGAGCCCUGCGUGGGCAUCAUUUGCGCCUGUCUGCCAACUCUGCGCCCGCUAGUCCGCACACUAUGCUGCGACAUGCACUGGAGCAGCAAGGACUCCGAGGGAGCACCGGGGCCGAAUUACAGAAUGCGUCGGAUUUCGAGUUAUGCCAAACGGCCUGCCGCAGCGCAAGAUACAUUGUGGAGUCAGGAUCGCUUGCAUGAUGAGUAUCCGUUGACAAAAGCAGAGACGGAGUCAGGGACAGGAGUACAGGUUCGAUCGGGGGGGUCUUAGAUUCUGUACGUUUACGAUAGAUCGCUUUG